CAACAAUCUUCUUGUGUGUAUACCUUCGGAACCACACCUUCGUCUUUAAUUUUUCAGGGUGGUGGUAAACUGAAGUUUUUCGGCGGUCACAGGGUCCGCGCAGAGACCGACGCGCAUAUUAUUCAUUCGCGCGAACGCAUUCGACUGGGUUCAUCCGUUCGUGAACCAUCGAGACCACUUCAGUCUGUGUACAGUCUGCAGUCUUCGAACAUCCUCCUUCGAAAAUUUAUCCUUCAAUUCCGAGAAAGAGGAUCGAAAGAAGAGUAAAUUUGGAAGGCUGCAUUUGAAAUUCUCGAGGACGCAUCCUUGGAUUGUUCGAUUUCCAAGUUUGAUUUUCACCUACUUCAAACGGCGGGCCUAAAAGAUUGGUAGGCGACUCACGUGCUACUCACCGGUUCUGCGAUGAUUACAAGGCAUCGAUGUUCUCGUUUAAUCCUUAUUGGGUUACACUUCUUUCUCAAUAUACCGGACAUCUGUCAUGUUCUCGGACAUGGUCGACUUAUGGAUCCUCCAGCACGUAACAGUAUGUGGCGAUUUGGAUUUCCAAAUCCAGUGAAUUACAACGACAACGAGUUGUUUUGUGGCGGUUACGCAGUUCAGUGGGUACAAAAUAAAGGUCAAUGUGGGGUAUGUGGUGAUGCAUAUCAUUUGAGCGAGCCGAGACCACACGAAGCGGGUGGUGAAUUUGCGAAAGGAACUAUAGUUAGACAUUACACGGUCGGCCAGGAAAUCGAUAUCGAAAUAGAAUUAACAGCCAAUCACAUGGGAGGAUUUGAAUUGUAUCUUUGUCCAAACAAUAAUCCAAGAAGCGAAGCAACUCAGGAAUGUUUCGACAGAUUUCCUCUUUACCUGUCAGGUACGCGGGACGUACGUUUUGAAAUUCCAUUGGAUUCAGAAAAAAAAGGCAUUUUUCGUUACAGUGUAAUGUUACCACCUUACGUCACUUGCAGUCAAUGUGUAAUCCAAUGGAGUUAUUAUACAGGUAACAUGUGGGGUACUUGUGACAAUGGUACAGAAGGAGUAGGAUGUGGUAGACCGGAAACAUUUAGAAAUUGUGCAGACGUUAGCAUUGUGACAAGUACAGCAGGAGUUCCGCCAUCCUUCGUGCAAAAUGAUAAUCCUUUCUUAUUAUAUUACAGAGAUAUUACAUCUCCAAAUAAUAUAUUCCCAUUGAUAGUAAGAUCUCAAGUUUGCGUGCCGACGUAUCUUUAUCGUCGUAUACCUGGAAUGAAUGAUUGGUGUCAAGCAAACUGUCUUCGUUAUCCACCAAAUUGUCCUAACUCAAUUUGCCAUUGUCCUGAAGUUUGCGAUGCGAUAGGUGAACUCGAAGGUAGAGAAGGUGCGAGUGUUUAUUGUAUGGACAAGUGUUUAGUGUAUCCACUUGAUUGUCCAAGCCAUCGUUGUCGUUGUUAUUAACGAGAAUAAUAACAACAACAAAAAAAAAAGGAAUAAAAAAAUGAUUUAUCGAUCUUCCAUGACAGUGUCUAGCUGCCUUUUCGAAACGAUCAAAUAUUUGUUGACAGGUAAAAGGCAAACGAAUGAUUAUUGUAAUACUCAACUAAUUAACAUAUUAGACUCUUGAUUCUAGUUAUCUUUCAUAUCGCUUCACGCAGUCCGUGUGUGUGUUUGUCUUUUUUUUAUAUAUAUAUAUAUAUAUAUAUGUUUUUUUUUUAAUUUUUUUUUAUCAAACAAAGAGAGAGUCUCGUAUCGACUGUUGUUUUUUAUACGUAGAAAUGUUAAUUAGAUAAGUAAACUCUUGAAAUCGCAGAUGAGAGGAAUCUAAAGGAUUUCAAAUAACAAAAUUAAAAAAUACUCUGCGAUGGUUCCUACCAUUGUAUAUUAGAAGAUAAUAAAAAUGAUUGCUGUAUCAUUCUUCUUCCUUUCUUUGUUUUUUGUUUCCCUAUAUUGGAAAUAUUGAAAUGUAAAUUAACCCUUUUGUUACUAGCGACUGAAAUACAGGUCAUCAGUACAAUUACCGACCCACAUAAAGAUCGUAUAACAUACGAAAAGGUUAAUAAAUAAAUAAAUUAAUAAAUCAAUCAAUCAAUAUCUAUAUAGUAGGAAUAUCUAAUCUUGUUUAUAGGAAAUGUAAGGGUCUUGAUUAAAUGUAAUCUACAUAUGUGUAUAUAUAUAAAUUAAAAAAAAAGAUAAAAUCCGUUUUUCUUCUCGAUCGAUAUAAUGGCACUAUAAUAUUUUUAAUAUUAGGACAUUGUUCUAUUGACAGCUUAAAAUAUUACGCAUAUAUCACAUAUUAAUAUGUUAUAUGUUAACGAUUAAACGUAUUCUGCGUUCUUAUACAUAAUAUACAAUAUGCAACUAUGUUUAACGAAACGAUUGAUUAGUUUUAUUUUUGUUUAAAAUCAUCGCGUUAUUAUUGAAAUAAUGAACGCUAUAACACCGUAUGGGCGCGAAGUUUUCUUCAGGGUCUUUCGUCGUCGUAUCGUAAUUGUCCUUUCAAUUAAUUUUUCGUUUAAUCUCUCGUCUUCUUUUUAAUAAUUUUUCUUUUUUCCUUUUUUUUUCUUUCUUCUUCGGUGGCAUCGUACACACGCAGCAGGACACACGCGUAAGUAAUUAUAAUACUUACGUUAAAUUGCAAUGAUUCAAUCGGAAUUGUUCGGAUCUGUUUGUUUAAGAGAUCGCUAGUUGUUCAAUUUUUAAUUUAAUUUUCUUUCUUGGUUUUGUUUUUUUUUUUUUUUGUUCAAUGGGAUUUUCUUUUCUCUCUUUUCGUUAACACCUUUAAAAAACUAUAUACACUAAAGCUUUUUAUCGUCUAUAACGUUAUUAUCGACUAACUAGUAACAUUUUUUGUUUCCUUCUCCGUUUCUUCUUUUUUUCCUUUUCUUUUUUUUUUUUUUUUUAUUUCUUUUACUUUUACGAAUUUUUUAUCGUCACUUACACGUCGUAAUAAGUCAUCGCCCAAAAAGUGUGUGUACGUGUGUUUGUGUGUGUAUAUAUAAUAAUAACAUUAAACGCAUUCUCGAAAUUACAAAUCAUACCAGAGACGCACUUGGCAACUACCGUGACAUUUGUAAAAUUAUAAUA